AUGCUGCUGUUGUUUAAUGUCAGUGCGGUUCGCAAGCUUAGUAAGGGCGACUCUCUGGAAAUGGAAUUCAGCGCCCAGGGCAGCAGCCGCAUCUACCUUACCAUCGUGCCCGAGCCAGAGGACCCCGACGCGGAGGCCAUGCAGCAGGUCGUCCAUAAGGCCGCUGAAUUGACUGGUUGGAGUGAGGAGGAGCAGGCGGCAGUUGCUCAGAAGCUCCAUGCUGCAGACAUCUGCACGCCCCACGCUUUCUUGACAAUCAUCCUCUCCGGCAACAUCAAUGCCAAGCUGCCCAAGAACAGGGGCUUUGGAAAACGGAGCCUGAGACAUCUCCAGCGGGUGGCAGAAGAGCUGUCAGAGUUGGAGGGCAUCGUGGCAGAGGUUGCCAAGCAUUCGGGAUGGUCGUCGGAGGAUCAGACGAAGGUGGUUCGGAAGUUCGUGAUGGCUGGCCUUUGCUCCUGCGAGGAGUUGGCCGACGCACUCCUGGACACAGCUUGA